AUGGUCUUCUACGUCCUGGUGGCCGGGUUGCAGGCACGACCUACACCAUCCCAUUCCGUCGGCGUUUUCGAGCAUCUGCCGGGAGGAGAGGCCAACUUGGCUCCGCUGCCGCAAGAGAAAGAGCAGAAGACCGUGGUUGACGUCCUUGAGGUACGUGCCACCAAGUUCUUCCGUGCAGUAGGAGCUGGUGCCGGACUGGAGGAUGCUCUGCCAAUACAGAGGACAAGUGCCUUGUUGCUUCUGGCAGUGCCUUCUGAACUGACCCUGGAGAGUUUACAGACUUUCCUUGGAGCAGACUCAGGGCUUGUGGAAGGCAUCGAGGCUGUUCGAGUGCUUUAUCGACACAGCCGUCGUCGUACAGGUUCCUUCUCUUGCCCUUCUCUCGAGGGCAAGUGCGCCCCCGGCUCGGGCAACAGUGGUUUUUACACAGUCAUUCUCCUCUGCCGCGACCAGGCAGCGGCAGAUGCCUUGUACAAGGCAAACCACGGGAGGCUCUUCGCCUCAGGUCAGGAGUCGCAGAGCAGCAGCGCUGGCAAGGCCGAAUCUCGCGGCGGGGGUGCAUGCUGCUACUUGACAUUUCUGGAGGCCAUCGUCUACGACUUCAACUCCGCUGACCCCAGUGAUCAGAUGCAGCCGAAUUUGGCGAGGGCGGAUUCGGACGAGAGGGAUGAAAACCUCCGGAACAUCAUACCCAGCACUGCAUACGAACUGCCUUCGUGUCCGGUCUGCAUCGAGCGCAUCGAUGUUUCCGGCACAGGUAUGGUCACACAUAGCCACGGCUGGAUCUCUGACGAUGUGCAAAAUGGCCGUCCGCCCACCUGUCGGGCCUGCGCAGUCAUCGCGACGCGUCCAGCUACUGACCGGCCACCGAAACGCGGGCUAUCAUGCACCUGCUGCCCCAAAGAGGAGGACCUUUGGGUAUGCCUCAUCUGUGGCCACCUGGGAUGUGGAAGAUACCAAGAUGCCCAUGCGAAGGAUCAUGCAACAGACCGGCGUCAUCGCUUCUGCUUCCAGCUGGCCACUGGCCGGAUCUGGGACUACGAGUGUGACGUUUUCGUUCACCGCAGGCUGGUGCAACAAGCCGCGGCUUCCGGUGGACGCUACGAGUUGGCGCUACCAGCUCCAGCCAUCAGCGGCGAAGCGGCCUCCUCUGGAUCAAAGGAUGCAGCUUCCACGGAUGAGCAGCACCUGCUUUCCAUGGAGCUGGAUGCCAUCCUGGCAUCCCAGCUCGACUAUCAGCGGUCGCUGUACGAGGCACAGCUGACGGAGCUGCACCAGCAGCACGGCGAAAUCCUGGAAGGGCUCAAAGCAGCCCGAGAGGCCGAAGAGCUUCGCGCACAGAAUUGGCAAGCGGAGAUCGAAGCUGCUGAGAAGCACAAGAAGGUGCUUGAGAAGCAGCUUGUGACGGCGCAGCGCAACUUGACAGAAGCUCAGGAACAGUUGGGUUUUGUCAAAGAGCUGAACCAAUCCCUGGUGGCAAACCGACGGGACAUGGCCAAGGGCAAGAAGGGCUAUGCAGAGUCUUCUUCCCGGCCGGCCAAGGAAGCGGCGGAAGACCCGCUGCUCCUGCGCCUUCGUGAACAGGUGACAAAGCUUCGUGAGCAGGUCUCCGCCGCGACAGAUGGCUAG